AAUUUUUAAAGGAUGCAUGAAUGGUGAAAUUUUAAAUAUCAAAACUAGUAGGUAGCCUCAUUUCGAAAAAGUUCCACUAGUGAACGUUGCAUAGUGCUGCUGACAUCGCUAGGUAAACGUCAGAACGAAGAAGUGUCAGUUUUUAAUCGGACAAAAUUUUGAUUUCUGUUUACCAAGGCAUUGAUUUUGCUUGUUUGUUAGUUCAAAACUUUAUGUGAAAACAAAAAUAAUCGCCCGAAGAGUGUGUCGCUACAUGAACUGUACGUGAAUGAAACUAGUUUCGUGGCAUCCCGUCCCAGUUCCCGCCGAUUAUCAGUAAGUUCGAAAAGAAAAGCACCGGAAUGACACCAGUGACAGCUCAGCCGCCGUUGACAGCACGCCUGUUUAAGCAGUACAGUUGCGUUCGAACAAAAAUGGGCAGUGUCACUUCGACAGAAAAUGGCGUCUGCCAACUUUUUGGAGGAAGCUCUUAAAUCAGAUGUCGAUGAAUCCGCGGUGAGUGCGAUCGUUGGAACGCUGGAAAAUCAGUUGGAUCAAUCGAAUACGAACCAGGUGCAACAAGUCGGUAAAAAUUUCGAGUGCGGAAAUGGUGGAAACAGUCUAAAUAGUGCAAUUGUGUCAAAUGGAGGAGCGACCCCCAUUAAUAGUUCAGUGCAACAGCAGCAGCAGCCGAAGCACAGUAAUAACCACGGUGUUCCCAAUGGUGAAAUCGUGUCGAAUGUUAUGAACAGCAGUACCAAUAAUAACAACAACAACAACAAUAAUAACAGUAAAACUUUUAUCAUUGCCACUAGUGGCGGCCAGAACGUGAUCAGCAGCAGUGCAGGUCCCACGACUGUGGUGGUCGGCAAGAACAUAACCGUCUCGGCCACCGGAGUGCCACCGUCGUCGACACCACCUGCCUUGAUUAGCACGGUACCGACCACUACCUCUACCGGUUCGUCCGGUAUUAACAUCAUCAGCAAUCAGAUAGUGGUUUCCGCCGGAGGACAGCAUCCGCCACAGUUUAGCGUCGCGAACAACAAUAACAAUCCGCAGCAUCAGUCGAACAUGCCAAAGAAUGAACCAGUGAAAUUGGUUUAUCCUGCUCCUGGUGGUGGCGCCGCUACGCAUACGGCCGGAACUCAGGCGGUGAUCAACAUGAACAACAAUCGCGUAACCCUGACCUCGACGGCACUGCCGAACGGGACCAUAUCUCUGUCGCAGGCCCCGCAACUCAUACAGACGGGCGGGGCUGGAGGAAAAACGACUAUCCAAGCGGCCGGUCAGCCGGGAAGCCACGGCCAACCGCAGCAGCAGACGCUAAUCAUCAAGAACCAGCAAACCGGAGCGGUGAUUAACUCCGGUGCAUCCGGAAUCGUAACCAUGUCCAAACCGAUCAACAAUCAGGCAACACAGAAUAUUGUCGGUUUACCGGCUGGUGUACAAAUUGUAAAUGUUAGACCCGGCGCACCGCCCACGCAAGCACAGCAAAAAACUGUUGCCGCUGUAUCACCUAGAGUUGUUAUUGGUAGUCAGCAAAUAGUUAGUACUAGACCACCAAGCGCAAACGCUAUUACCCUAAGUGCCCUUCAAGGACAGCCAGGCUCGACGCUGCUACUGAAAAAUGAUCAGGGCCAGUUCCAGCUGCUGCGGAUCGGACCGGCCCCAUCCGGGGCCCAUAUCACACCCGCCAAUCUGACCGCGACGUCGGCGACGAAUCAGACGAUACGGUUGCAAACCGUGCCAGCUCAACCAAUAUCGUCCGGUUCCGGUACGAUAAUCGUCAAUUCUCAAUCGAUCACCACCACACCGACCAGCUUCGUUACGACACAGUCCACACCGGUGGCGUCGGUUGCGCCGGUUCCAGCGCUGGCCGCUCAGCAGCACAUAACCAUCUCUACGACACCAUCACAAGCACAAUCACAUGUCACCGGGCAGACCACGGUAAUGACCACCCAGCAGCAGCAGCAGCCGCAGCAGGUGGUAGUAACCUCCCAGCCGGCGUCCGCGGUACAGCAGCAGCAAUCCGCACCGCAGACCGUCGUCGUCACGACUACCACCGGUGCCCAGACCGCCCAGCAACGCAGCUCACUGGACAAUACCAAAGAAAAAUGCAGGAAAUUUUUGACCAAUCUCAUCGAACUCUCGAAGCGGGAACCGAAACCGGUGGAGAAAAACGUCCGAACGCUGAUCCAGGAGUUGGUGGAUGCCAAUGUCGAACCGGAGCAAUUUUGCGAACGUCUGGAACGUCUUCUCAACGCAAGUCCGCAACCGUGUCUGAUUGGAUUUCUAAAGAAAAGUUUACCACUGCUUCGGCAAUCUCUCGUCACUAAGGAGAUCACGAUAGAGGGCAUAAAUCCUCCAACCGCAAAUGUAGCCUUCUCAGGAUCACCGCUAACGCAGAUCCCCGCCCAAAUUCGUCCCGUAACGCAAACCAUCGUCACCCAGAACAGCAUGGUCGGUCAGACGCAAAUCCGGAUGCUGACGACGCAGUCCGGUGCGGCGACGGUUCCCCGGAUAGGACAGACAACGAUACGACCGGCAACGCCGGGAACGGUCCGAAUCCAAGCCCCGGUUCAGCAAGCGACGAUUACCGCUGGACCGCGGCAAAUUACGGCCCAACAGAUACGGCCGAACGUGACGGCCACCGUAGGGCAUACGACCAUCGUGCAAACCAGCCAACAGCUGCCUCAGACGAUCUCAACGACACCUCCAGCACUGCUGCCGAUUCGCGCCCCGGCCGGUACGGCGAUUACGCGUACGCCUGCGACCCUGCAAAUUCGUGCCACAACGCCGGUAGUAUCGCGCGCUACCGUAACCGUUGCUGCGACCAAUAGCAUCGUCAGUGGUACGACUGUUACCACAAAGACGAUCCGCGGUCAAUCGCCGGCCGUGGUCUCGGUGGCUGCUGCUGCCGCAGCGGCGGCCGCUGCAGCAUCCGGUUCCGCUGCAACCCAGGUUAAGCAAGUGACAGCAAUUAAUAAUAGCAAUGUGGUCGUCGCAGCAACGCCUGUUGUGGGUUCGACAACAUCAAACUCCGGCACACCCGGACUCGUUGUAACCGGAACACAACCGUUGCCCGCACUGGCACUUAGCUCUUCCGCGGCCGCAGCCGUGGCCACCCUAAACAAUGCUAGUAAUAGUAACAACUCUACAAGUAUAAUCAGUACAAGCCUUCCGUCGGCGACAACGGUGGUGGUCAGUUCAGUAUCCAAUAUUAGUUGUAGCACUAUAAGUAGCACCACUACAACGGCAGCUCCAUCGGCGGCCAGUGCGAAGGCUAGUGCGGGAGCAAAGUCUAGCUCGUCCGGUGGCUCGAAGAAGAAAGCCAGCGCUGCCGCUGCCGCUAGUGCUAGUGCCGAUUCCACUGAUCCGACCACCGCAGCGAAAAAGGCGGCUGCUUCAAUGCAAUCUUCUUUUUAUCAGCAUCAUGUGUCUUCCUCCAUGUACGGGGACGACGACAUCAACGACGUCGCGGCGAUGGGUGGCGUCAAUCUGGCCGAGGAAACGCAGCGGAUCCUCGGCUCGACGGAAUUCGUGGGGACCCAGAUCCGGUCCUGCAAGGACGAGGUGUUUCUGCACAUGCCCGCACUGCAGGCCAAAAUUCGAAGUAUUAUCGCGCGGCACGGGCUGGAAGAACCGAGCAGCGAGGUAGCCGUUCUGAUAUCACACGCCUGCCAGGAACGGCUGAAAAACGUUGUGGAAAAACUAGCGGUCAUUGCGGAACAUCGAAUUGAUAUCAUUAAGGUCGAUCCUCGCUACGAAGUGACUAAGGACGUUCGGGGGCAGAUCAAAUUUUUAGAGGAACUCGACAAGGCCGAACAGAAACGUCACGAGGAACAGGAACGAGAAAUGCUCAUGCGGGCGGCCAAAUCACGAUCGAAAACGGAGGAUCCCGAACAAGCGAAACUAAAAGCAAAAGCAAAAGAAAUGCAACGAGCAGAAAUGGAAGAGCUUCGGCAGCGAGAUGCCAAUCUGACAGCUUUGCAAGCCAUUGGACCACGCAAGAAGCCCAAGCUCGAAGAAGGAACAGCGACGGCUGUAACUCCUGGAACGUCCGGUUUAGGUGGCGCCGUUAGCGGGAAAGCAUCCACACCACUCAGGCCUCGUAUCAAGCGGGUGAAUCUGCGCGAUAUGCUGUUCUACUUGGAGCAGGAGAAGGAAAGCUGUAGAAGUCAAAUGCUGUACAAGGCCUAUCUUAAGUGAUCGAUUGUGGUGCGAAUGAUGGUGGUGAUAAUCGGGGCGGUCAUUCUACGCUGAGAAGCAACCCGAAGCUUCCGGUCGUCGGUAAUGGCCCUGCGGGCAGAUGCUGCCGAUCGUCAGAUAGUCAGACAGUCGGCGCAGAUCCUGGAGGACCAAGGGUGUUUGGUUCCUUUCAUCGAUUGGGUUGUUUUAAAUCCAAACGGGCUACUCCAGUUUGGCGACGGAACGGAACUACAACCGGUCCAAUAAAGCGUUUCAUCUUAAUGUCAGGUCUAGUUCAAAGAAGAAAAAAAAAGCGAAAACAGAAGAAAGAGAGAUAGAUAUUGGGUAUGCAAAAAUGAACACGAAAUAGAUGGCAUAGACUGAGCCGCAGAAUGUUUAUGUUUGUGCGUGUUUGCCUUUAGGGAAUUUUGUACAUAGUAACUUUUUUUCAAUUAUGUGCGGAAGAGCAACUUAUUGGUCGCCAGCAUUGUUUAUUUAUAAUUUAUAAGCCAAUACCAACAAAGAAGAGAAACGAAAAUUAAGAAAAAACCGUACAACAGCGCAACAUGCAUCGCGCUGGAAAAUAAAAUUUGGAAGGUACAGCCUAACUGAAAAAGUUUAUAUAUCAAUGCGAAAACAAAUUUGAAGAAAAAAAAAUCGUCGGAUAUGUUAUUAGAGUAGAUUGACCGAAAGUCAAUGUGUAACAAGCUUUCUUUGUGAUUAUAUCACUCAAAACUGAUAAUACAACCUAAUUGUUUCUGUAAAAAAAAGAAGAGCAAAAAUGCCCAUUAUUUAUGUUUAAAAAUCCUUUCAUUCAAAUCUAAUUUAAUGAAACGAAACCUUAAGGAGAAAAUGAAAACUGAGAGCGUUAAGGAAAGAUCAACAACAGUAGAGAUACCU